AUGAUCCACCCGUAUCUAUGGAUCGUGGUCGUGGGGGGGUUUGUGGGCUUCCUCGUGGCGUGCGGCAACGGCGCCAACGACCUCGCCAACGCCUUCGGCACCAGCUACGGCUCGCGUGUGCUCACAAUGCUACAGAUCGUACUCAUCGCCUCCGUCUGUGAGUUCGCCGGCGCUGUCGGGCUUGGCAGCCAAGUCGCUACCACCAUGUCCAGCGGCAUCGCCAAACUGUCGUACUUCGAGAAGGACCCCUACGUACUCAUGUAUGGCUUCCUCUGCACGCUCGGCGCGACCUUCAUCUGGCUGCUGCUCGCCACGAUCAACAGCCUGCCCGUGUCGUCGCACCACGCCGUCGCAGGCGGCAUCAUUGGCUUCUCGCUGGUGUACGGCGGUGGCGACGCGGUUGUGUGGGCCGGCCGCAAGAGCAGCUUUCCCUACAUCUCUGGAGUUGCCCCCAUCGUCAUCUCCUGGUUCAUCUCGCCGCUGCUGUCCGGCAUCGUUGCCGCUAUACUGUACAGCAUGGCCCGCUACCUGCUCCUUGAACGAACGUUUGCCGUGCGCCUUGCUCCGUACCUCAUGCCUGUUGUGGUGUUUGUCGUCGUCUUCCUCGAGUUCGUCUUCAUCUUCCUCAACGCUGCCAAAAACCUGCUGACGUGGUCGUCCGCGCGCGCGGCGUGGGUGGCAGUCGUCGUGGCCUCCGGCGUGGCGGUGGCGUCGCUGGCGGCAAUCCCUCUCAUGAAGCGCCGCAUCGAGUCCCUACGCCUUUCCGGUGAAAAUCAUGCGGCGGAGGAAGGCUGUGAUGCUGUGGAGGCGAUGCGAAUGAAGCUGGCGGGCGCGCGCUCGUCGGUCAUCCGCACCUUCGAGACCAGGACGCAGGCCGCCGAGGGCCACAUGCUGGCGAAGCAGCGCCGCAAGGAGCGCAAGGCGCUGUGCAACCCCAAGACGACCAAGCCCAUCGAGGAGGGCAGAAACGAUGCGGAGGACGCACGCGCGGAAAAUAAACUCAGUACAGUGUCACGCCUGGUGGACGGCGCCGUUGUGCGCGACGAAUCCUCGGAUGUGGAUAGCCCAUUCGACGAGAACGAUGCGCCCCGCGUGUCUGAGAUCGAUCCGAACGUCAACUACCUAAAGUAUGACGAGAGCGGCGUGCGCAUGUUCGACCCGCGCGCCGAGUACAUGUUCCGUCUACUACAGAUCGUCACUGCUGCCUGCACGUCGUUGGCGCACGGCUCCAACGAUGUCAGCAACUCAAUCGGUCCCUAUGCUGCCAUCUACCAGCUGUACAAUACUGGUAACGUGGCGAGCACGGCGCACAUUGAACUGUGGCUGUUGUGCCUUGGCGGCAUCGGCAUCGUGGUCGGGUUGGCCACCUUCGGGCUGCCUAUCAUGCGGCUGCUGGGCGAGAAACUGGCGGUCCUGACGCCGGCACGCGGCUGCGCGGCUGAGGUGGCCACGGCACUCGUCGUGUCGCUGGCGUCCACGUACGGCAUCCCUGUGUCGUCUACGCACUGCAUCACCGGUGCAGUUUUGGCCAUCUCCAUGGUCGACGUCGGCAUCCACCGCGUGCGCUGGAUCCUCGUGCUGAAGAUGUACGCCGGCUGGAUCUUCACGAUAGUCGUCACCGCCAUCAUCUCCGCCUGCUUCUUUGCGCAAGCCAUCGCCGCCCCAGUGCCUCGUGACAGGGGCUAA